AUGACCGCUGAUAUUGUAUGGAGAAAGAUAUCAAUCUCUCCUAAAGAGCUCUCGUUGGCAAGAGUUCUCAGAUGUGGCCAGACAUUCAGGUGGAAAAAUAUUAACAACACAUGGGCUUUCACAAUUAGUGAUAGAAUUAUUCUUCUCAAGCAAGAUGAAACACAUAUACAUUACUCUUGGCUCAUGGCCAAGAACCAAGAAAGAAAACCAGUGGAUUUGGAAAGAGAAACACUUUCAUUCAUAAACGAUUAUUUCAACCUUUCAACAAAUCUCACCAAGCUCUACGAACAUUGGACUGAACAAGAUUCUAAAUAUAAGCGAGCAAAUAAGAUAUCACCAUUUGACGCGUUUACGGGUAUUCGCAUCCUUAGGCAGGAUCCUUGGGAAACAACUAUUUCAUUUAUAUGCUCGUCGAAUAAUAAUGUGAAACGGAUUUCGAAAAUGUGUGAUAGUUUAUGUUCAGAAUUUGGAGAUUUUAUCAACACAUACGAUGGAGUUGCAUACUAUACGUUCCCCAGUGCACAAAGACUUUCUUCUUCUCCUUCUGUUGAGACAAAGCUACGUGAUAUGGGUUUUGGUUACCGUGCAAAGUAUAUAUAUCGAACAGCACUCAUGCUUAGUGAUUCAACUUCCAAUGCUACUUUAAAUGAAUUGAACACGCUACGUACCAAAUCAUAUGAAGAAUCGCAUAACUUUUUAUUACAAUUGACUGGGGUUGGUCCCAAGGUCGCUGAUUGCAUCUGCUUAAUGGCUUUGGAUAAACAUGACGUGGUGCCAGUGGAUACACAUGUGUAUCAGAUUGCUGUUCGUGAUUACAAGUUCAAAGGGAAAAGAGACUUAAAGACUAUGAAUAAGCAAUCUUAUGAUCAAAUAAGAUUAUUUUUCAAAGAAAUAUUUGGGCCAUACGCAGGGUGGGCCCAAUCUGUGCUUUUCACUUCUGACCUUGUUGAUUUGAAUAACGGGAUAAAUCAAACUACCACUGGAAAUGAAAAAUCUAUCUUAAAAGCAGAAAUAAAAGAGGAAAUUACUGUUGGAGGGCUGAAACGGGUUAUUAAAGAAGAAGUUGAUGUAAAAAUAAAAAGAAGGAAGUAA